UGCCAGGAAGCAAGUGUAUUUUGGAAACAAUGCGGCGCGGCGGCGCCUGAGGCGGCAGCCUGGGGACUCCUCGCUCCGCCCGGGUUCGGCGCCCGCGCCCCUGCACCCUAACCCGCCCAGCGGCGCCCUGCCCUGCCUCAGGAGCAAUGGAUCCCCCCAGCUACCUGGAAGAAGACUAUUCUAGCCUGGACGGGCUGGACGAUGACGUGUUUCACUCUGAUGACUUUGGACUCACAGGUCAGCCUGGUGAGAUGACUCCUACUGGCAUUUUCACACAGAACCAAUCGUACAGCUGCCUCCUGGGGAGGUUUCAACUGUUCCCACUCACACACUGCUGUGGUCCAGGUAUCAGGCAUGCUGAGCAGCAGGACAAGGCAACCCAAACACUCAGCCCAUCCUCUUCCACUCAGGAUGUCAUGUUGCCAUGUGGAGUCACUGAAGAGCCCCAGAGACUCUUCUAUGGGAAUGCUGGGUACCGUUUACAUGAACCCCCAGUUGGCUUCGCAUUGAAUCCGCACCUCCAAGAGGAGCCUCGGGAAGGUCACCAGGAAGCCCGGGCUGAGGUUCAGAUUGCACGGAAGUUACAGUGCAUAGCAGACCAGUUCCACAGGCUCCACAUACAGAGGCAUCAGCAGAACAGAAAUCAAGUGUGGUGGCAGAUCCUUCUUUUCCUACAUAACUUGGCCUUAAAUGUGGAGGCGAACAGGAACCACAUAGGUCAGAGGUGAGAUCCCUCCACCUGUUCCAGGUCACAUCCAGUCUGCAGGGAGCACUGAACAAACACUGGUCUGGGGAAAAGAGACAUGCACACCGCCGGCCGGAUGUGAGGACUCUGUCUAACUUUUAUUUGUCUUCAAGGUUUUUGGGUUUUUUUUUUUGUUUGUUUGUUUGUUUUUUGAGGACUCUUCUUUACUGCUUCCUGCCUGAUGAGGCUGGAAGCUCUUGUCCAACACUGUUGAAGGAAAGUCUUAAAAUUUGGAUGUGUUUGGUAAAGCUUGCUGCUGAUUCCCCAAAUCAGUAACCUCUAUGCAAGUGUGGCAGGUAGUAGAUUAACAGGUUCCUCUGCUCUGGGUUUUUUUGUUGUUUUUUUUUUAUUGAUAGAAUGCAGCAUUUUGUAAUUUUGGCUGCUUGUUAAUGAUGGUGUCUGGGACUGAUGGCUCUAAAUGUGUUUUGGGCAACUUCCAGAUUGAGACAUUUGACUCCUCUAUGGGAUAACUUUGAAAAAAAGUUUUUUGGAAACAAUUACAGUUAAAGUAGCUUAUGUACAGCAGCAGGUGGGUCACUGUUUAUUUUCCUGCAUUUUAUUACCAGGGAGACAUGUAAAAAUCUAGUUUUGUUUAAUGACUUGACUGCCCUAAAUUUGACAUUCUUCACAUGAAGUUGCUCUUGCCACCAACAGAUGAAAUCGUUUCUAUUAGAAGAAGAGUCUUCAGAAUCUUUCAGAAGAUGUUGGCGACUCUUCAGUGUGUUUAUACAAAGAACUGUGUGGUUCUGAACACCAUAUACUGUCCCCAUAAACUAGGAUAGAGCUCUUAAAGAUGAAGCCUCAUUCUUCUGAAAUUGUUAAUCUGUAUAUUUUUGUUAGUGCUCUGGUGUUUUGUUUGUUUUUUCUCCUUCCUAUCAUGUGGGCUGUUAAGAAGAUUCAGAUCCCAGGCAUCUGAUAUGUUUGCUUCAUGAUUUGACUAGGAGAUCAGUUAGUAAUUACUUUGAACCCAUACAUUGCAGGUUUGUACAAGUGAUUGGACUAUUAUUCUAAUGAUUAAUACUGGAAGUUGGUAUUAGUGUACACUGAUGACAGAAAUAUUACUUGGAGUGAUAGCUAAUUGUCAUUGACUUGUGACUGUUCUGGCCUUUUAAAAUCUGUUUGGCUGCCACUCAUGGAAUGGAGAGGGAAACUACCUAUCCAAAAAAGGUUGGUUUAGUUAGUAUUUCAGGCUCCAUAAACAAAGGGAAAAAAGGGUAUAUAGCCUCUGCUGUCCACAGACUGUUUCCAUACUUGCCCAGAACUAGUUCUAAAUCACAAAUUAUAAAACUAACACUAGGAAAAAUCUUUCUGGACAGUUGCCCUUCAGUCCUGCUACAGCUGUCAACACAGAGGGAUUCUGGGCCUCCUGGUCUGCUUUGAAGCCUAAUGAACAGUAAAGCAGCCUUGUGCUGGAAGAGAAGUUUUCUUGCACAUUUUCCUUCCCCCUCCAUGUUUUUCCUCUUCCCUUCUUUUUUUGGAGGGGGGAGGGGUGUCCUUCUUUAAGCCUGUUUCCAUCUCUGAUAUUUGUAAUUAUCCAGUUUCUAUGUAUCCUCAGUGCCCCUAUUAAAGUGCCUGCUAAUGAUUUGUAGCA